GAAACAGAUCUAAAGGGUUUGCGUUUCCUCUGCAGAAAGAAGUCAAAUUCAAUGGAUGUGUUUUUAUUUAUAAGAAGAAAAGUUAGUUUAGGUGAAGGGUAGUGUGAAGGUACACUGAUCUGACCGCAGGCUGAUCUUCUUGAAGUUUUAUAUAUAUAUAGAUAGAUAGAUAGAUUUUUUUACUGGUGCGUUUAAGUGAAAGGCGUAGGGAUAUAGAUAGAUAGUUCUAUUUUCAGGUAUUUAACUAUAAACAGGGUAGACGGCUGAAAACAAACAAUUCGACGCUUUCCAAAUGUGGGUGGUGCAGUUAGGGAACCUGGUGACUCGACUCGGUUAGCCUGUAUUGCGCCUUUCUUUCAUCAGCACAGCAAACACUUCACUGGAAAGCGUGCCCUUCGGAAAGACCGAUGCUAGCAGACAGUGCAGUGGGAACCAGCUGUAAUAGUGUGGGAAGAGAAUUUUUUUUUUUUUUUUUUUUUUUAAUGAGUUAGAGCAUCUCACCCGGGCUUCUUCGGUGCAUUCACUGCUGUGGUGCACAGAGAGUGGUUUGAAAAUGCCCAAAGCUGGGAAUCCACAGCCGGCCAGCACGGCUGCAGUGAGCAGUAAGGAGGAGGAGGUCGCCUCUCAGUCGAGCUCCGCUUCAGGUUCAAGCUGCACUGCAUGUUUAAGAUGCUUCCGACGCGUGAUCCCGGUUGGUUUCAAAGAAGAGUUAUACCAGCUGUCAUGUUUGGCAGGGCCAGUGUUUGUGUCUCAGCUGAUGAUUUUUUUGAUCGGAUUCGUCAGCACCGUUUUUUGCGGCCAUCUGGGAAAACUAGAACUAGCUAGUGUUGCACUCUCCAUAGCGGUCAUAAAUGUUUCAGGCAUUUCUGUGGGAACCGGUUUAGCUUCAACGUGUGACACGUUAAUAUCGCAGACGUACGGCAGUGCGAACUUGAAGCGAGUGGGAGUGAUUCUGCAAAGAAGCAUCCUCAUUCUACUGCUGUUCUGCUUCCCUUGUUGGGCUCUUUUAAUAAACACUGAAUCCCUUUUACUGGCUGUGAGGCAGAACCCAGAGGUGGCCAGGAUGUCCCAGCUGUACGUGAAGAUAUUCAUGCCCGCUCUUCCUGCAACAUUUAUGUACCAGUUACAAGGUCGCUAUCUGCAGAAUCAGGGUAUAAUCUGGCCUCAAGUAAUCACUGGUGCAAUUGGGAAUGUUAUAAAUGCGCUCAUAAACUACAUCUUUUUGUAUGUGCUGGACCUGGGAGUGGCGGGCUCCGCGGGGGCCAACGUAAUAUCUCAGUUCAUUCUAAUGGUUCUUCUGUUUGGGUACAUCCACUGGAAGAAGCUACAUAAAGACACCUGGGCAGGCUGGACUACAGAAUGCCUGCAGGAAUGGGGGGACUUCGUGCGCCUGGCGAUCCCCAGCAUGCUCAUGCUCUGUAUAGAGUGGUGGACUUAUGAGAUCGGAGGCUUCCUCGCAGGUCUGAUCAGCGAAGUGGAACUUGGGGCUCAGUCUGUCAUCUACGAGUUGGCUUACAUUACCUACAUGGUCCCUUUAGGCAUCAGCGUGGCAGCCAGCGUGCGCGUGGGAAACGCUCUGGGUGCUGGGAACACAGAAGAGGCCAAGACCACCAGCAAAGUGGCCAUGAUGGGUGCAGGUGUGUUUGCAGUGCUGUUGGCUAUAAUAAUUGCAUCUUUGAAGGACCUGGUCGGCUACAUCUUCACCACGGAAGUAGAGAUCAUUGACUUGGUUUCAAAAGUCAUGGUUCUGUUCGCACCAUUCCACUUCUGCGAUGGGCUUGCGGGUGUCUCUGGGGGUAUUGUGAGAGGAGUUGGCAGGCAGAAGUUUGGAGCCAUCUGUAAUUUGGUCGGAUACUAUGUAGUGGGGUUACCUGUAGGAGUUUCAUUAAUGUUCGCUAUGCAUAUGGGAAUUGUUGGUCUGUGGUCAGGCAUGCUAUUGUCCGUGGCUAUGCAGGCAGUCUUCUUCAAUAUCUUCAUUGUGAAACUGGACUGGAAGAAGGUCACACAGGAGGCCCUGGUCCGAGCUGGGGUGCAGACCCUGAGAGACGGCAGAGAGAACGAGGUUCAUGUGAACAGGAUUGACAGUGCGGACCCCUCCCCAGACUCCAAGGCUGAGGAGGAGAUGGCAAUGGAGGACCUGAGUCCCAGCCACAUUGACACAGAGGGGCUUGGGGACGGCAGAGCAGAGGGCUCGAUGAGCCGGGUCGGGGAGAUCCUGUCCCUCCAGCAGCUGGUCCUGCGCCGGGGGCUGGCUGUGAUCGGGGGGCUCCUCAUCCUGGCUGCGGGGAUCAUCGUCAACGUCACUCUCACCAAGUUCACAUGGCACUCCAACAGCACGGUGUCGCCAGACACAGGCAGCAACGCAACACAGCACCGCUUCUAGCACGGCUGUUACAGAGUGGACAAAGAAACUCCCUUUUAUUAACAGACUGCACACCCUGAAAAGAACAAAACUAUAGGCAUCCUGCCUGGCGGAAGCAGAGCACAGAGAAGCUGUUAGAACAGCCUCCCUCUGCUCUGUACUAGUGGCUCUUGUACUCUGUUAACAGCCUCCCUCUGCUCUGUACUGGUGGCUCUUGUACUCUCUUAGCAGCCUCCCUCUGCUCUGUACUGGUGGCUCUUGUACUCUCUUAACAGCCUCCCUGUGCUCUGUACUGGUGGCUCUUGUACUCUCUUAACAGCCUCCCUCUGCUCUGUACUGGUGGCUCUUGUACUCUCUUAACAGCCUCCCUCUGCUCUAUACUGGUAGCUCUUGUACUCUGUUAACAGCCUCCCUCUGCUCUGUACUGGUGGCUCUUAUACUCUAUUAAUAGCCUCUUUAUUCCAGUUUCACUCUUGUGAAGGACCUCUGCUAACUCUUUUUUAGUAUUACGUCUAAAUUAGGUCUAUUCACAGUAACCAAUAUGUGUGACAGAUCUUUUUUUUUUACACACUCAGCUUUAUCUUUUUACUUCAUAUGAUGCAUUAUAACAAAUGUUUCCUAGAUCUAAAAAAUAAAAUACAAGUAAAAUAAAAUAAAAAUAACUGGGGGUUUUGAGGAGCGGGGUAAAAACAGAAACCAGUGUGUUCCUGAUAAGUGUUUCCAGCAGUGAAUAUUUUACUUUGGUGUUGGAAACAUUGUUAUCAAGAACAAACUGUUUUGUUUUUCAUUUUCUUUUUAUUUGUAAAAACAAAAUUUUACUAAAAAAAAUGUUACAAAAAAUCGCCUUAUAGGAAUGUGAAAAACGGGCUACUUUUAAGUUCAUAUCUGUUACUGCUGUGUUUUGUCAUGUAGCCAUUUUUUAUUUUAUGCUAUCUGGAAUGUUCACUGAUAAAUUGAUUCACAGAAAUGCUUGAUUUCGAGAUCGGUAUCAAUAGUUAGCGGCUCUAGUACACUAUAACAGCAUGGAAGGUUUUUGUAUGUAUAAACCAGCUUGGUGAUUUUAAAAUAAAAAAGAGAAAUGUAACUAAGUAUUUGCACUUGUACGGUAUUGUUGGCUGUAAACCCUAGAAACGUUUCGGUUGAAAUUGACCGUGAAUGUGUUUUGUUUUUGUUUUUCGGUGGAAUUAUAAGACUUUGAUUUCUGGUUUGUAUUUUAUUGCAGAAUGAGACUUUGACCUCCUUAGUUGUAUAAUCUCUGUAUCACUGUGACAGUUCAGUGUGGGGUAUUCUAAUUAUGUGAGUCUGAAAAUGCUAAGUAUUGCAGAACGUUCUUCCGCAGUGUCACCUAUUGUAUUAGUGGGAGGCAGAUCCGUGUUCAGAUCAUUCAAAUAAACUCCAGUGUGGAGUUUAAACACAUCUUGCUGUGCAAAGUAUUUUAAUAAAAGAGACUAUUCACA